AUGCCCGUUACACGUCCGGCGCGUACAACACGCCUCGUUUCAAACGAGAACGAUGAGAACAGCGGAACCACGCGCAUGACGCGUGCCAAAGCAGCCGCGCUGAGCGUUGAUGAGCUCGCUGUCCCAGGAAAGGCCCUUGCCACGAAGAAGUCUGCAACCAACGCGAUCCCCGCAGCUCAACGAACCAAACGCGCCGCCCUCGGCGAUGUCAGCAACGUCAACAAGCCAGAGGCUGGCGCAGGCAAAAAGCCCGUUGGCAAGGUCGGCCUCGUCUCCAAGGCUGAGAAGCCUACUGGAAUUACCAAGAAGUCUACCAGCACCACCAGAUCAGUAGCACCCAGAGAGAAGAAGGACAAGGCACCCGGCUCAGGAUCCGGCGCGAUCUCGAAGAGAAAGGUCAUCACGACAAAAGUCGUCAAGGAGGAGAAGGAGAUCUCUCUGGAGGACAGCGAACCCAUGCGGAAGAAGCCCUCUACCGAGACUCGUCGAACUAAGCCCGACCAAGAAAACGUCAAGAGCCAGACUCCAGUCGAAUCUGAGCCUGUCAAUGCCCAAAAGCCUGUCGUAUACCCCCCCGGCGUUAGCAACCUGGACGAGGAGGAUCUGGACGACCCGUUGAUGGUGGCUGAGUAUGCCAAUGAGAUCUUUGAAUAUCUCAAGGACCUGGAGUGCAACUCCAUUCCCAACCCCAACUACAUGGAGCACCAGGACGAUUUGGAGUGGAAGACGCGUGGAAUUCUGGUCGAUUGGCUGAUUGAGGUGCACACGCGCUUCCACCUUCUCCCCGAGACUCUCUUCCUGGCUAUCAACGUCAUUGACCGCUUCCUCUCUGAGAAGGUCGUGCAGCUCGAUCGCCUGCAGCUUGUCGGUAUUACCGCCAUGUUCAUCGCCUCAAAGUACGAGGAAGUUUUGUCGCCUCACGUCGCCAACUUCCGCCAUGUCGCCGAUGAUGGAUUCAGCGAGGCUGAGAUCCUCAGCGCGGAGCGAUUCGUUCUGGGAACCCUGAACUAUGAUCUGAGCUACCCCAACCCCAUGAACUUCCUCCGUCGUAUCAGCAAGGCCGACAACUAUGACAUCCAGUGCCGUACCAUCGGCAAGUACCUCAUGGAGAUCAGCCUUCUCGACCAUCGUUUCAUGGCCUACCGCCCCAGCCAUGUCGCAGCCGGCGCUAUGUACCUGGCCCGCCUCAUCCUGGACCGUGGUGACUGGGACGAGACCAUCGCAUUCUAUGCUGGCUACAACGAAGAGGAGAUUGAGCCUGUCGUUCGCCUCAUGGUGGAUUAUCUUGCUCGUCCCGUCGUCCACGAAGCCUUCUUCAAGAAGUAUGCAAGCAAGAAGUUCCUCAAGGCUUCCAUUCUCACCCGCCAGUGGGCGAAGAAGAGUGCUCCUCACUUCGGCAUUGUCGAUGUUCACCUCUCCCUGGACCAGAUCUCAAACAAAGAAGACGAGCAAUACCCCGAGGAAGAGGAGGAGGAAGCCAACUAUUAG